UCUCACUUCGGCCACUCGCUCGCCCCGCUCUCGCUGUCGUUGUCGCGGCGUCAGCAGCGCUCUCUCCAGCAGCGCCAGAAAAAAGUGCCAGCAGGGAAAAUCCAUUUUCCAUUUUCCUACACGCGGACACUGGCUCAAAGUAUCGUGUGCGGCGCACGUCCUUGCGUGCGACGGUGUUUUCAAGGAGCCCCAAGCCCAAGAGCAACAUGGAAGCAUAAUAAGAGCAGGCAGGAGUGACGGAGGACCCUAGGCUGAGUUUUCAAAGUCGCGCAAAUCAAUAAUUAUCCAAACGAAAAUCGAAAGCUGCCCCGGAAAAGUGACUUCUAGUGCCAUUUUCCUCCUACUUGUGUCUGUGUGUGUGUGUGUGUUUCUUUCCAUUUUUUUUUUUGCGAGAGUGACCUGUGCUGUGCAUUGAAAAGGAAUACGUGGAAACAAAUUUUCUUCUGAGAUUUUGGCCCUUUUUUUGGAGAAUCGCGAGAGUCCCCGAAGGAGAAGGAGACGGAGCAGGCAACGCACUGAGAAGCGCCACAGCCAGAUGAGCGAGGGAAAGGGAGCGCAAUAAGAUUGAAACCAAGGGACUCUGAAAUGUAGAGCCACCUCACGGCCAGACGAAUAAACUAUACCUUACGCACAAGAAUCUGCAGCCCACCGGCGCAGGAUUCAACCAAAACUGGCUAGAGACGGGCCUUGGGGGGCAAGGACACCGAAGCUGAGCGAAUCAUGAAACAUUCAAAUAUUUCCAUACACAAGGACAUGAUGGAAUUCGGAUAACUGCACACAAGGAUAUACUGUCGAAGCACGCUCACGCAGGAGUCGAGAGAAGAAAGGCGAAAGUGAAAGAUAAACAGAACCAUGAAACGAACAAAACCCACAGCGCGGAAGAGCACGUAAAACCGACACGAAAACACCGCACACUUCCGGUCGCAGGACCCGGAGUGACUUUUUGUGUGGUCAACAGCCAGCUGACACCCAGCAAGAGGAGGAGACACAGAAGGAGCGCAGGAGCAGGAACCGGAGGGCAGGAAAGUGCCAAAACGGCGCACAGUCGCGGCCAUGGAACCUCCCGGCGGAGUGCCGCCGGAUAGGGAUCGGCAGCUGGUGCUCCGCAAUCAGUCAACUGCCCUGAUCCCUGUGGUGGUGACCUCCGUACCCGCACCCACAACAGCAUCCGCAGGCACUCUUAUACCCACCCCCUCUCCCACCCCCAGCACGCAGACCCCAGUCUGCGUCAAGCCAACCAGUCUGAGCCUCCAGCCCCAUGCCGUGAUCCAGGCGAUGCAGCAGUUCUCACCCUCCGCCGCCGGUAACAACAAUCCGGCCGCUGCACCCACCACGGGUGCUCCGGUUGCCGGCUCCGUUCUGGCUACGAGCGGCAGCAGCGGCAAUGCGAACAGCACCAGUCCGGCCCUGGCCUCCACUGCCACGGCCAUCUCCGCCACGACCCAGGCGGCCACUGCCUUCAGCGGCAGUUCCGUGGGUCACCACCACUUGCAGCACCACCAGCAUCCCCACCAGAAGCCUCAGCCUGCGGCAGUGACGGCACCGAAUGCCGCCCCGCAUCACGGAUCCAUAUCUGGCAUAGGACCUGCUUCCGUUGCGGGCAGUGGCAGCGGACUGCUGGGCUCCGGGGGCAGUGCCGGCGCCACCCAGCAGCAAGCCAUAGAGAAGCUAUCGCGACCCAUGGCCUUCGAUAAGAUGGAAAUGCUGGUGCGAGAGAUGCAGGAUCAGGAGCACGGUGUUCCAGUGCGGCAGCAGAAAAUGUUUCUGACUUCCAUACCCUACGCCUUCAUGGGCUACGACCUGAUCGAGUGGCUGAUGGACAGGCUGCAGAUCGAGGAGUCCGAGGCCCUCAACAUCGCCAACCAGCUGUGCCUGCACGGCUACUUCUUCCCGGUGAACGAUUCAAAGACGUUGACCGUGAAGGACGACUCCUCCCUGUACCGCUUCCAGACGCCCUACUACUGGCCCUGGCAGCACAAGGCCCCCGACAACGUCGAGUACGCCAUUUACCUGGCCAAGCGCUCCCUGCGCAACAAGCAGCGCCACGCUCUCGAGGACUACGAGGCGGAGGCCCUUGCCUCGCUACACAAGAACCUCAAAGGCAAGUGGGACUUCAUCUCGAUGCAGGCCGAGGAGCAGGUCCGGCUGGCCAAGGAGCGCAAGAAGGGGGACAAGAUCGUCGGCGACUCCCAAGAGCGGGCUUACUGGCGCGUCCACCGUCCACCCCCGGGCCAGUUCACGCCCCUGGAACCCUGUCCAGUGCCUUCGCGGGACCGCCAGGGCCUGAAGCCCAAUAAGAAAAAGACUGUCGAGGACCUGCAGCGGGACGUCGACUACCUGGGCAAGUCCCUCAACCGGACGCGCAUGAAGAUGUCCCAGGCCUGCGAGUCGCUGGUCGGAUACUCGGAGACCUUCACAGAGUACGACUUCUUCCUCCAGCCGGCCCUGCCCUCCAAUCCCUGGGUUACCGAAGAUAUUGCCUUUUGGCAGCUGAACAACACCUUCGUGGAGGUGCCCACGGAGAAGCGGGUCAAGCGCUGGGCCAUUUCCAUCGAGGAGCUCGUGUCAGAUCCCACGGGCCUCCAGGAGUUCACGAGCUUCCUCGAGAAGGAGUACUCCCACGAGAACAUCCGGUUUUGGAUCGCCGUCAACCGGCUUCGGAGGUCCGCCCACUCCCAGGUGGCCCGGAAGGUCAACGAAAUUUACGAGGAAUUCCUGAAGCCUGGAGCCCCUUGCGAAAUAAAUAUCGAUGGAAAGACUAUGGAGAGUGUCCUGCGCGGCCUGAAGAACCCCUCUCGCUUCACUUUCGACUCGGCCUCGGAGCACAUCUACAUGCUGCUCCUGAAGAAGGACUGCUAUCCGCGGUUUAUCCGCUCGGAGCACUACAAGCGCCUCCUGGACACAGGCAUCCAGCCCUCGUACAAGAAGCGCUUCUUCAAUUUCGGCGGCGUUAGUGGCGCCAAGAAAAAGAUGACAGCUGCCCUUUCCAGUCAGCCGAAUCUCGGUGACGCAGCUAAGGGAAGCGGGGCAGGCGGCGUGGGAGGAGCUUCGGGAUCUGGGAGCUCCAUGAUGCAGGCUCCGCCGCCGGGAAGCCUCGCCAGGCGGCGUGGUAGCGACCGGAGCCUGACGGGCUCCGCCCACGAGCUGGCCGUGAUCGGGGUGAACAAGGACGCGGGCUCCAAGGUGCCACACUCCCAUUCGCAGAGCAAUCUCAGCGAGAUCCCCUUCAGUAGCGAUACAGUUUAUCGAGGCGAUAUGCCCCAUCGCCACAUGGCGGUCAUGGAUGUUGGGAUAUAUGCGGCUUACGGAAAUCGCGAAAGUAGUUUACAGCCACUUCCAGAAACGCCCAAGACGAAGUCCACCGUCCUGGAGCCGAAGGACGCCACCACCUCCUCCCUGGCCAGCAGCAGCGCGGUGUGUCCCUGGGACGAGCCUGCAGCCGCAGCUCCCGUGGCUCCUGCCCAGGUGAAGCUAUCGGUGUGCCCCUGGGACCUAGACAAUCCUGCCCCAGUGGAAAAGGCAGAACAGGCGGGCCCAGGAUCCUCGUCAAAGAUGUCGAUUUCCACCACCGCUCAGCCCUUGCGGUUGACCAGCAGCGACGUAAACGACCGGAUGCAGCGGAACCUGGGCAUCCGCCACCAAAACACAGUGGACAGUGGCGAGUCGAGCGUAAAGCGUUUGAUUCCCAACUUCCCGGAACAGCGUCGGGCCUCCGUCUCCUUCACGCCCAGUCACACUUCGGACUACCAGCUGGGACGCACUCCGACGACCACAUCCUCCCCAACUGUGGGCAACCCGGAGGGACCUUCCGCCCCAGGCCCAGGGGUGGUGGCCACCAGCUCCUCGGGAAGCUUCGCUCCCUUGCAGGCCCACAGUGGCGGCUCCGGAUUCGGCAGCGGUGCCAUCGUCAAGGAUCCGCAUUCCGGCUCCGAUGUGGAUGUGGAGCUGGAGGACGAGCUCAGCAAUAUGUCGCUCUGUGAGCGGAACAGCGAGAGCUCCACCUCGGAGCUGCCCGUGGUGAUGGCGCCCACACCCGCACAAACCCCGCCGCUCGUCACCAAGGUCACGCCCCCGCCCCUACCGCCAGGAGCGCCUGAUCCUGUCGAGCCGCGUCGCCAAGUGGAGGCCUCCACAAGCCCACAGUUACAGCAACAACUGGCCGAAGCUCCAAUGAGUCUGGUCAAGGAGGUGCAGAUUGAGCUAAUUGAGGCCAGGGGGUUCCAUUCGGAGCGGGGCAGUCCGCCAAUCAUCAAGGUGCUGGAGCUGGACCUGGAGGUCCUUAGCACAGAUGACGCCAAAAAAACCCUUGCCACCACUACUAGCAGCACUACCAUUACCACUACCACCGAGGAUCCCGUUGAAGUGCAGGACGAGCCGGCUGCCGAGGAGAAACUGGGCCAGGAGGAGGAGUCCGAACCGAGGGGUGUGCUGGAGGAGCUCUCGCCCACCACCGACGAGUACCAGGAGGGCCUUCAGUUCGGCAGCGACCCCAAGGACGUGGUCGACGACUACGAGAGCAUAGACACCGACCUGCAGCUGGGCUACAUCCCGCCGGCGCCCACUCCCGCCCCCUCCCUGGCGCCCCUGGCCGAGCUGGAUGUGGACACGGUGGACGACGAGCUGUGCGAGCCCUAUCCUGAUCCCGAGCCCGUUACCCUGGUCACAGCCGCUGCCACGCCCACCUCCAGCAACGAAGAGGCGCGCAAGCGUCGCAAGAAACGAAACUCCGAGGGCAAGAAGCUCAGUUCUCAGGACGACAAGGAUAAGGACAAGGAGAAGGCCGGUGGCAGCAGCAUGGAGGCAGCAGACCACAACGCCGUGUGCCCCUGGGAAGAUGAAAACGUGAGCGCCAAUGACGGAACCUUCGUGAAAACCUACGCCACUCUGGGGUACUUAUGAAUAAAAUCGAAUCUGUUCAAGACAGUGGUCAACAAGUUGCUGAAAAGGAAGCCGCACAAAAAAUAGGGCUCGGGUAGGGCGAGUUGCGAGUUGUAGGUUGCAAGUUGCAAGGCAGGUGUGCUUGGAUAAUUGAGGGUAUUCAUAUUUCUUGCGAAUGAGAGGAAAAAAAUACGAGCCAGAUGGACGGGGAGUGGUUUAUUGCUGAAAUUUCAAUAUAUACAUUAAAACAAAUACCAAGAAACUAAACAAACAAAACGAAAUACUUUAUCUGCAGAUGUGCAUACUUAUUUACAAACGUACGUUACAAGUUGGCUUAAACGGCCUAAUUAGGCGUUAAUCGAAUCGGAUGUGGAACUAAAACUAAUAAUGAGUGUUCGAGUUGCCGCAGAAGCGUCUUUCUGAUCAGUGGAAAGCGCCAAACCCAACCCCCAGCCCAAAAACAAAACCAAACCAUACCGAGUUAAUGAAUAACCAAAUAAUGGCAAAGUUAAACGAGAGGACUUAGAAUCGGCAACAAUACCUGAGGUAUACCAAUAUGCAGUUUUAUUUUAAAUCGAAAGUCACAACAAGAUAAUAGAAUGGGGUCAUAGGAGCCACCAACACGAUCCAUGUGAUCUGUCUAGAAUCUAGAUAAACAAUUUGUUGAAUCCCCGAGUAAUUACACCAGUUUUAUGUUGGCUCUUGCCCCAAUCACAAUCCAAAGUUUCUGCGCAAGGAGUUUUGAUUCAGUUUAGAGGACACAAUGUGCCCUCACAGUUGAGUUGAAAGAAAGCUGUUUCAUUUCAUAUGUACUUGAAAUUCUCACGAGCCCCAAAUAUAAACGUGCAUUGCAAUGGAACCGUUUUCUCAAAUACAGAGUAUUUUCAUUAAUUUGGAUGAGGAUGAGGUUGAGGAUGAGGAUGAGGACGCAUGCUCACCCAGAGCAGGACAGGAAAACUGAAAACUCUAGCCCAUAUCUCCUACCUAUCGUCGUUUGAAUACGAGGCGAUAUCCGAUCAUCUUUCCAAGCGAAAACUGACUUGCGCAAAUACUUUCUUCCUACUCCAAUAAUAGAUGCUGUGCAUACUUUUCCCAACUCCUUUUUACCAAAAACUAUGUGUAUUUAGCUGCCCGCCAAAAAACAAUCACAGGAAUCGAGCUAUGCUGUGUAAAAUAAGCUAAUGAAAGUUAUAUAUCCCAAAGAGAAAUGUGGCAGAGCACCACCACAGACCUCGGUAUUAACGGCCGACUCUCAAGAUCAAAUACUGUUCCAUUCGAUGCACUGAUCGAUCGAAACAUGUUAACAAUAAACGUUUACGAUGAAGCAAAUCAAAUUAAAUUGAAAUCCUGGUUGUUCGCGACUAAUACCUUUAUAUGAAUCGAAUGAAACGCUAAAUUAACGAAAACAAAUACUAUUAAGCUCUAAGUACAUUUCUAUUUUCAUUGUGCAUAUGAAUUAGCUAUACUUACUGUCAACCCAGUGUUUGCUGCUAGGCAAAGUCUUUGUAUGAGAUAUCUGAGCUAACCUUUGUGCUUUCUACGCUAAAACAAAUACAUUUUCAACUAUUUCAAUUAACUAAAGCUCUAACAAGUCAAGCAAAACCAAACAUAAGAAGUUUACAAACGUUACAUUCAAUGCAAAAUCUUAGCGAAUCAAAGUGAGAUCGAGUUUUGGAUGUUGCAUAGAGUAUUAGGAGAGCGAGGAGCGAAUAGCGAGGAGUCAGGAGCUAUGAGCGAGGAGCUAGGAGCUAGGAGCAAGAAGGAUGUGCCAUGUUGAGGGGCGUGCGUACAAAAUGUGUACAUGAAACCACCGUUAACUUUGCUUUAUGCGAGCCGAGCAAUUAAAGAGUUAAAAAACAAAUAAAAAUAUAAAAAAUAUUAAAAAAAAAAACAAAAAAAAAAAAAAAAAUACAAAAUCAUCAGCAGCAGCAGCAAUGGUUCAAAAUUGUUGUCAAAUAUAAUAGCAGCUUUUAGAACAACACCAAGUGAGAGUUGUAGAAAAUGCGGAUGAAAAAUUGUAUUGUUGUUGUUUUUUUAUGUACAUUUACUUUUUUGUAUUACAAGUUGUUGUAAGUCAAAUAUGCCAAACCAAAAUAGUUUAAUAAGAGUUUACAACAAAUAAAAGGAAACCAUUUAAGUACAGGCAAGAUAUGAAUUACUUUAAAAACAAAACCAAAACCAAAACCAAAACCAAAGCCGAAAACCACAAGAAAAAGUUCCGAUUGUUUUGAAUAGUAGAUGGUGUAUAUCUUUAAAAUUGCUUAUAAUAAGUAAUCCAUACAUAUUUAUGGUGGUAUGUAUUUACAUAAACAAUAAUUUAAAAUAAAUAACAAUAUAAGCGGCUGUCAGGAUCCUUGCCCGGUGCUCAAAAUAGAGUAGCUUUAUUUGUGGGAGUGUUUGUGCUCCCCCCUUCGAACAAAGUUUUUGACUUUGAGGCCAGCGAUCGAGUCAAGUUCUGAUUUUGUAUGACUAUUUGGAAGCCUUCGGAGUACCGGGUAUCAAUAGCGAAACGCCACAAGCCACAAGAGAAUAUCCGACACGGGAAGCCGCCACAGCGCCAUUUUGAUAAACAACACAAUUAAAUGAGAGACGAUUCAAAAGCACUUGUGUGAAACUUGAAUGAAUUACAUAAGUACGUACUACUUCACAUCCGACGUGAACGUAGCUUUGCCCUACAAAUAUUUACUUUAAUUUCUGUGCAAUCGGUGCUCACAUCACUGAUUAGAUAACGGAAAUGCGCAAAACAAUAUGCUUAUAAAUAAGUUUCCAGAGCUUUUAGUGAACGUCACAUAUAUAUGUCAUAUAUCUGGGUUAUGGAUACACAGUUGUGAGAAGUGCAGCCUCGACGGCGUUGUUCCCAUGCAUGUAGGAGGGUACAUACACUCGUUCAAUAUGUGUAUGAAGUAUGGAGGAGUAUGAGGGCGAAGGGAUAUAUAAUAUAUACAUAUAUUCAUAUAUAUAUAUAUGGUAUAUAUGACUAAGUAUAUUUACUGAUUGUUAUAGCAAAUUUAGUACUUACAACCAAAUUACAGCAGAAUAAAUCAUUGUUUGUCUAUUUAUUAUGCCAUUGAAAUGAAAGUAUAAGCAUAAGUUGAAAUCCGAAUAUACCUACGUAUAUAUACAUAUAUAUACUGUAUAUACAUAUAUAUAUGUAAAGUUGAGAUAUACAAGUGUAUGUGGGUGUGUAUGUGUGCGGCGCGCAUAUAUACGCACCAGGACAUACCGGCACAUAUGAGUGUAUACAGCUUAUAUAAUAUUAAAAGCGAGGAAAACAAAAGUGUUUAAAACAUGAAAUAUUUUGAGAAACCCCUAAAGAAUAUACAGCAGAGUUAGUCGGUAAACUAAAUCAAAUGUAAAACAAUUUAAUGUAGACUGUACUAAGAAAUUAAUGAAAAUUGAAUAUCAACACUCCAUCACGCAAAAACCAAAUGGAACGCAAACUUAAUAGAGUUGAUGGACAAAUUAUUUGCACAGUGCAGAAAAACGUGUUAUAUAAUUAUUAUACUAUACAAAAACAAAUAUAUAUUAUUGAAUUAUGCUGAUAAAAUUAAAAACAAAACAAAAAAAGUGAAAAAUAUGUAAAAAUUCAAAUACAAAAUGAUUUAAAUGAAGUACAAUAAAUAUUCAAGUGAGAAAAAUGUAA